CGGUUUUUUUCUCCUCCUAAGGGGUGGUGGCCGCUGUUUUGCUUCAUAGCUUCCAGAUCAGCCCACGAAAGCAUGGGAAUGUUGCGAGGGAUUUUCUAUCGAAACUUGUGUUAAAAGUGUCCGAUAAGUUACUUAAAGUUCUCCCCGCCACGCGCUGUUCCACGUCACAGGAGCUCGGCUGCACUAUCGAACAACCGUAAGCGAAGAGCCGUCGGGACUUUCCACCGGACAAAGGAAAAGAGACGUGUGAGCUAACGUUAGCUCACCGGGAUCACUCGGCAUUCCUCCCGCUGCGGCGCGAUGCAGGCCAUAAAGUGUGUCGUUGUUGGAGACGGGGCGGUGGGUAAGACCUGCCUGCUCAUCAGCUACACCACCAAUGCCUUUCCUGGAGAGUAUAUCCCCACAGUGUUCGACAACUAUUCCGCCAAUGUUAUGGUUGAUGGGAAGCCGGUGAACCUGGGUCUCUGGGAUACAGCAGGGCAAGAAGAUUACGACAGACUCCGCCCACUUUCCUAUCCACAAACGGAUGUUUUUCUCAUCUGCUUCUCGCUUGUGAGUCCUGCCUCUUUUGAAAACGUCCGUGCCAAGUGGUACCCUGAGGUGAGACACCAUUGUCCCAACACUCCCAUCAUCCUGGUGGGGACCAAGCUGGAUCUGAGAGAUGACAAGGACACCAUAGAGAAGCUGAAGGAGAAGAAACUCUCUCCAAUUACAUAUCCCCAAGGACUGGCGAUGGCCAAAGAAAUCGGUUCCGUCAAGUACCUGGAGUGCUCAGCCUUGACUCAACGCGGCCUUAAAACUGUGUUCGACGAGGCCAUCCGGGCCGUCCUCUGCCCUCCACCCGUCAAGAAGAAGAGGAGGAAGUGCUCUCUCCUCUAAGACUUCCUCCACUGGAGCGGUUACAGGGGAGCGUGGCCGCGAGUGGUGAGGGGUGGCGAGAGACACAGGAGAAACACACCAGUAUACACACAAAAACAUUGUACUUCAGAUUCUUUCCUUCCAUAAGUGUAGCUUCAGCAGAUCUACCAACUGUUUCCAUGACAAAUUUGACAUGAGAUUAAUGAGAAGGGCUUGGAAGACGAUAGACCCUAGCUCUUUCCCAACAACAUAUACUGUAUAGACAACACGAUGAAAUUCUUGAGGCCUUCUAAAGUGGAUUGGAUGUUUUGUAAAAAUGGACCGUGGAAUGUUUUCAAUUUGCUUUUCCACUGGUUGUCCACCUUUUUUUGGGGUUUACAGUCUUAGUUGUUUGUUUUAAAUGGAAGAGAUAUUGCCAAAUACAUCCUGCAAACGUGCUGUAUUUUAACAGAAAAUAACUCCUUUGUUCUCUUGUCUCACACCUUUUAAACCUUCCAAAUACAGCUUGCGGUUUGCUGUUGAGUGCUGCUGUUUGUUCAGCUCCAUAAUUGAUGGCAUUUUAUUCAUUUCCCUUUCGCGAGGGCGUUCACGUGUCAUCGCACAGUCAACAAGGAACUUGAAUCAAACCGUCUGGGAAGUUGUUCUUGCUUCAAGUUGCCGUUUGUUCACCGUGAAUCUCUUCACCGGUUGGUUUUCAGUCCGAGCGCAUGGUUCAUGGUCAUUCAGUCUCGUGGAUUGAAUGAUGCCGAAGACGUACUGAAAACUCCGACCGGGAACAGAUCUUCUGACGCCAACCGUGCUAUCAACCCCUGACGAAUCUAAAUGACCCAGUAUUUUAUGUGUUUGGCUCCUAUUGGACCAGUCACUCAUGGUAUUUCUUUUUUUUCUUCUUGCAAUCCUCUUUGCAAUAUUUCCCUAGAUGUCUCAACUGUGUAGCUGCCCAGGAGAGCAAAGCUGAAAACCUUAUUAGAUAUUGGAUUAGAGCUGUUUUGGUGGCGGGGAACAAGAGCGCCUUCAAUGCUCUGUGGGCAUUUAUCAGAAACAUGUUGUGCAGCACAUUUGAUUCCUAAUAGCAUCACUACUGGCUAAGCAAUGUCACUAAGAGCGUUUAUGCCGGCUAAGAGCGGGAACAAAGCUGCUGUCGGUUAUGGUGUAGUGUACAGCGUACUCAUCUUUUUGUUCUAAUCAUGUGAUUUGACUGUUUUGUAUCUUUCUUCAGAGGUUACACUUCACUCACUGUAUUGUUUAACUAACACUAUGAAUAUCCUUUUGUUUAUUACCUCUACAGUUAACGCUACCUUAAUCUCCCUACACGCCUAGCUUUUUGUAAUUAAUGCUGAUGGCAUGUAUGUGCAACAUAUACUGAAAACUAAGAUUAGAAUUGCAACAGUUAUAUUUUUUGCCUAUUUACAAAAUGUAUUUGAACUACUAGAUCAGGGGUUAAGUACAUGUUGCUCAUCUGUAUUGUAUUCAGACAUCAAGCUGUGCUUUAAUUCAAGCCAAUGUUGUGACUAGUCUUAUGGAUAAAAGCUAUUGUCACUUUUUGAAAAAGCCAAUAAAUUUAAGUAAAACCGA